CCUCCGAUAUCCAAAUCGGUCCGCUAUAAAUUACACACCGUCCGCCUCAUCGAACCUUAACACCAAAAUUUUCUCUCUUAGUUAGAGUAUUGGUAUGGCCGCCAUGGGAGGUUAGUCUUGGAAAACAAGCAACCCAAACUCCAAAUAAGUCAUUGAAAUGGCAUACCGUUUACCUCUUGUUUGUCUAGUGGGGUCACUGGGGUGGGUAUGAGCAUCCGGCUGCGUCUCCCAUCGAAGCUGAACCGUCUUUCAAUGACCAACUUGGUGAUUGUUUGGAGGAGAAUCCGCAGCCGAGACUUGGCUGUUUAUGGACUCAGGAAUAUGCAGCCCCUUUGUGGUUGGCCAAUGUCGACUUGCAGAUCUAACAAUGGGUUUGUUCCAUCAAUUUAUUUCACCUCAGCUUCGAGACCCAAGAGUUCUUUUCGGGGCACAGGCUUAUAUUCAUUAAAUAAAAAGAUCUCCCAUUUGAUACGGACUGGUCGGCUUUGUGAAGCGAGAACCGUGUUUGAUAAUGCGGAGCACCGAAACACUGUUACCUGGAAUUCAAUGAUAAGUGGGUAUGUCCAACGAAGAGAGCUAGCCAAGGCACGUGAGUUGUUCGAUGAGUUGCCUGAAAAAGAUAUUGUGUCGUGGAACUUGAUGAUUUCAGGUUAUAUGUCGUGUCGUGGAAGUAGGUAUAUUGAGGAGGGGAAGAACUUGUUUGACAACAUGCCGAAGAGAGAUUGUGUUUCGUGGAACACGAUUAUCAGUGGGUAUGCAAGGAUUGGCAGGAUGGAGGAAGGCUUAGGCCUUUUUAAUAGCAUGCCUGAGCGGAGUGUUGUUUCUUGGAAUGCUAUGAUUACUGGGUUUUUACAUAAUGGUAAUGUGGAGCGUGCCAUUGAGUUUUUUGAGAGAAUGCCAGAACGGGAUGCGGCUUCUCUUAGUGCACUUGUAUCGGGUCUUAUUCAGAAUGGUGAAUUGGAUAAAGCUGCAAAAGUUCUAACUGAACACGGUAACAAGGAUGAAGGCAGAGAAGAUUUAGUGCAUGCAUAUAAUACUUUGAUUGCAGGCUAUGGUCAGUGGGGAAGGUUUGAAGAAGCUCGAAACCUUUUCGAUCAGAUUCCAUUUUGUCCUGAUGGAGGUAAAGAGGGAAAUGGAAUGUUCGAGAGAAAUGUGGUAUCAUGGAAUUCUAUGAUUAUGUGCUAUGUGAAAGCGGGAGAUAUUGCUUCUGCCAGGGAACUUUUUGACCUCAUGACAGAAAGAGAUACUUUUUCCUGGAAUACUAUGAUCAGUGGCUAUGUCCACUGGUCAAAUAUGGAAGAUGCCUCAAAACUCUUUAGUAAAAUGCCAAAUCCUGAUACCCUGUCAUGGAAUACAAUGAUCUCAGGGUUUAUGGAAAUCGGUAGUUUAAAACUUGCUAAUGAUUUCUUUGAGAGGAUGCCCCAGAAAAACCUGGUGUCGUGGAACACCAUGAUAGCAGGGUAUGAGAAAAAUGAGGACUAUAAAGGAGCGGUUAAGUUCUUCACUCAGAUGCUACUCGAAGGAGAGAAACCUGAUAGGCACACUUUGUCUUCAGUUCUCAGUGUGUCUACUGGGUUGGUCGAUCUUCACCUGGGUAUGCAGAUUCAUCAGCUGGUCUCAAAGACAAUUCUUCCAGAUGUGCCCAUAAAUAACUCUCUCAUUACCAUGUAUUCAAGAUGUGGGGAAAUAGACCGGGCACAGACCAUUUUUGAUGAGAUGAAACUGCCGAAAGAUGUGAUCUCUUGGAAUGCAAUGAUUGGAGGUUACGCAUCUCAUGGUUUUUCUGAAAAGGCACUUGAACUUUUUAAAUUGAUGAAAAGGCGUAAAGUGCAGCCUACAUUUGUAACAUUUAUUUCGGUUUUGAAUGCAUGUGCUCAUGCAGGAUUAGUUGAAGAAGGUCGGAAGCAAUUCCAAUCCAUGAGUAGUGAAUAUGGUAUAGUUCCACAGGUUGAACACUUUGCUGCACUUGUGGAUGUUGUGUGUCGACACGGUCAGCUUGAGGAGGCCAUGGAUUUGAUCAAUAGGAUGCCAUGCAAACCAGAUACGGCUGUGUGGGGUGCAUUAUUAGGUGCUUGUAGGGUGCAUCACAAUGUAGAGCUGGCUCAAGUUGCAGCUGAAGCAUUGAUGAGACUUGAACCAGGAAGUUCGGCCCCAUAUGUGUUGCUAUAUAAUCUAUAUGUCGAUAUGGGACAAUGGGACAGUGCAGCAGAAUUGAGAAUGAUAAUGGAAAAAAAUAAGAUCAGAAAGCAACCGGGGUAUAGUUGGGUUGAUUCUUCAUCUUUCUGAUGAUGGUUUUGCACUAAUCAAUCGCACUGAUUCAUGGAAUCGCUGGUGUUAUUUAUCAUGUUUGUUGGUUCCUCUAAAUUAUGAACAUGUAAAAUCAGUCUACAGUUUUCAGUAUUCUUAUUUGUGCCAUGCAUGCAGAGAGAAAAUUUAGGAGCAAAGGUAGAAAAGAUCAGCUUGAAUGAAAUAUUUGAGCACUGCUCCUCAUGUUGGUUGGAUGCAAAGGAAAGAAGACUGUCUCGAGAAGGGAAAUCAACAUUUCUACUGGCAUUUUCUGCUUUUGUGAAUGUUUACAUAUAAGCUGGAGCAGAUGAUUUGGAUGGGCAAACUCUGUGAAUAUGAAUUACAUAUACAUGUUGCGCUGCAGAUCUUUUACAGCUUGGAGGUGAACCCUUUUGGGUCUACUGUGGCCUGAUAUUUCAUAUGGAACAUAAAAGUUGGGGAGCUCAUUCCCCUCAUAGAAGCAAGACAAGUGUGUUGUGAAGAGUAUCAAGCAGUGGAAUGGCCAAUAACAUCAAGAUAUGGACUCCAAAGGCCCUUGAGAGAGCGAUGUACAGGAUUUUGAAUGUAUAUUAUUGCUUCAUUUGUGUAGAGACUUGUAUGUAUCUUUUCUAAAAAUAAAAAUUAGGAGGACUGGAUGGACGUAAAACAUUCAUUUUGUCAUUUUAUUUCUCCUACACGGAUUGGUCGAUUCAUUGUCCAUUCUAAUUGAGUUUUUGGUGGUCAUAGACUAUUGAAGAUUAUUUAUUCAAUUUUCGUUCUUUUUC